AUGGAUGGAACCAACGAGAGCACCCAAGGACAUUUCAUCCUUUUGGGGUUUUCUGACCACCCCCAACUGGAGAAGAUCCUCUUUGUGGUCAUCCUGGUGGCCUAUCUCCUGACCCUGGUGGGCAACACCACCAUCAUCCUGGUGUCCAGGCUGGACUCUCACCUCCAUACUCCCAUGUACUUCUUCCUCACACACCUGUCCUUCCUGGACCUCUGCUUCACCACCAGCUCCAUCCCUCAGCUGCUCUAUAAUCUGCAUGGGCCAGACAAGACCAUCAGCUACACAGGCUGUGCCAUCCAGCUCUGCAUGUUCCUGGGACUUGGAACUGUUGAAUGCCUGCUCUUGGCUAUCAUGGCGUAUGACAGGUUUGUUGCAGUGUGUAAACCCCUGCACUACAUGGUGAUCAUGAACCCAAGACUCUGUAUGAGUUUGGUGUCAGUGUCCUGGAUCUGUGGGGUUGCCAACUCCUUGGUCAUGCCUGCUAUCAUCCUACACUUGCCUCGCUGUGGGCACCACAAAGUGAACCACUUCCUGUGUGAGAUACCUGCUCUCAUCCGGAUAGCCUGUGUGGACACCACUAUAGUAGAGGGUCUUGUCUCUAUUCUCACUGUAAUUAUUGUGCUGAUGCCCCUGAUGUUUAUCCUGAUCUCCUAUAUCUGCAUUGUGAGAGCUGUGUUACAGAUCCGCUCAGGAUCAGGCUUACAAAAGGUCUUCAACACCUGUGGCUCCCAUCUCACAGUGGUCUCUCUCUUCUAUGGGAACAUCAUCUACAUGUACAUGCAACCAGGAAACAGCUCUUCCCAGGACCAAAGCAAGUUCCUCACUCUCUUCUAUAGUAUUGUCACCCCACUGCUGAACCCCUUGAUUUACACCCUGAGAAACAAAGAGGUUAAGGGGGCACUGAAAAGGUUGCUGCUUUGUAACAGAGAGAUUGGAAAAAGAUAA